AUGAAGCUCAUCAUCCUUAUUUGCCUGGCUAUGGCUUCUGUCACUAGUGCCGCAAGCAAUGUGUGCAAGUCGGGGAUCUACGAAUUAUUGUCACCUCUCAGCGCCUAUCCUCCGGCGCAGAGCUACUGCUCAGCCCACUAUCCCCCAACAACGGUGACUGUUUCGACCACCUUUAUUUCCAAGAAGAAGUUUCGGUUCGCCCGAGCCACGCCCGCCGCAGGAUAUGGAGGCGCCGUUCUCGAGAAACGCAAAACAAGUACCAUUACUUCCCACUCGACCACUACGACCCAGGACGUGAAGGCGUCUCAGUGGUCAAGCUUGCUAAAGACGGCUCAAAGCAUCGUCUACACCUUCUGCCAAUGUAUCGAGAGUCACCCUACGCUCCGUCCACAUCUGGCUGAUAUGCCUAAAGGUCGUUCCGACAACCACCACUACGACAACAACCACAACAGCGUCGACAAUCCCGACAACCACACCAUCUACGACGACCACAACGACCACAACGACCACAACGACAUCGCCUAUCGCUGCGACGACCAUACCUUAACGCCUGACAAAUCUAGAUGGGUACCUCCGGUGUCCAUCUUCAGACUUUAUCUCCAACGUAUACCGGUUUGGACCUUAGCGGAAGGGGCUUAUCCUGCCUUUCCAAAAAAUGCAUCGACUCUGUCGUCAAGGGGAUCUCGGACCUGGCGGAAUGCUUUUGCAUACGGAGGGUGCCUGGAGCAAAUGAUCCUGAACUUGGUGUCACCUACGCCUCAAGAAAUUGACAAGCAACCGAGCUCUGCCAGCGUCAAGAGCAAGUUGAGCAACGCUCCAAACUUCGUCGAUCCAAACCAGGUAUAA